AUGGCGCGACGAUGCGUCGUGAUCUCGAUCGCGACCGUGAUCGCGAUCGCGAUCGCCCUCGGCGUCGGCCUGGGCGUCGGCCUGCGCGAUGACGACGAUGGGAAGACGUUCGUGUACGGGAACACGCGCCUCACGGGGAUGAGCGCGAGCGAGUGGAACGCGGACGCGAACGCGGCGCCGAGGUUCCGACGCGGCGUCGCGGCGCUGUCGACGAUGGUGGAGGCAUCGGAUGUGACGGUGACGAGCGUGACGGACGUGGCGCGACGACGAGCGGCGCGACGAUUGCUGGCGAGUAAUUCCAGGGUGGACGUGGCGUUCUCCGUCGCGACGCGCGACGCGACGGCGCGAGCGAGCGUGAAGACGACGUUGGAGGGGACGACGGCGACGGCGUUUAAGGAUGCGCUCAUGGCGGAAGGGCUCGCGGUGAGCGCGGUGACGGUGGUGUCGGUCGCGGUGGACGCGCCCGCGCCGGCGCCGGCGCCCGCGCCGACGCCACCGACGACGACGCCACCGACGACGACGACGCCACCGACGACGACGACGCCACCGCCCGCGCCCGGCGUGCUCACGGGCACGGCGCGGCAAAUGCAUGUCGCCGCGGGCGGUGAGCACGUCCAGAUAUCGUUGCUUCCGCCGCAGGAAUCGUCACUUCGUCGUCCGGCGGCGCGAGUCGACGGGCGCGUGCUCAACACCAUCGCGGUCACCUUCAUCGAUCGCGACGGCGUCACCGUCGACGCGCGGGCGGUGAUCGGGGAGAAUCUCCUCGACGCCGCGCACGCGCGCGGGGUCGAGUUAGAGGGCGCGUGCGAGGGGUCGCUCGCGUGUUCCACCUGUCACGUCGUCUUCGACAGCGAGGACGUCUUCGCGUCGUUACCGGAGGCGUGUGAUGAUGAGAACGACAUGUUAGAUCUCGCGUACGGGUUGACGGCGACGUCGCGAUUGGGGUGUCAGGUGAUCGCGACGCGCGGGGCGAUGGAGGGGUGCGUCGUGCGCGUACCGCGCGCGACGCGGAAUUUCGCGGUGGAUGGAUUUAAACCGAAACCGCAUUAG